CUCACACUUAUAGUGUCACACCAAUUCGCGCAUUGGAAGAAGGCAUCACCGCGUUGUGUUGUGAUUGAAAAUGGAGAGCGAUGUCGAAGAAUCUCUGCGGAAGAGGCCCAGAAAAUACCCUUUCUCCGCCGAUUCAUCUUCUCGCAAGCAAUUUGAACAAUAUUCUGGACGGACAUUUGCAUUUACGGGGGAAGUGAAUUUUAUGCAAGAUGAUGAUAAUCGUCUGGAGAUUACCCGAACUAAAUUUGGAAGUUUGCUUAAAAGACACGGAGAUUUGACAGAGCGUCUUGCUAGGGAUUCUGACAAGAUAAUAUUUGAGCGUCUACAGAAGGAGUUUGAAGCUGCACGAGCUUCUCAAACUGAAGAGAUAUGUUUAGACGGGGAAGAGUGGAAUGAUGGACUACUAGCUACAAUAAGAGAGCGGGUGCAUAUGGAGGCAGACAGAAAAGCAAUGCAUGGGGAUGCUGACAUAUUAGCAUGUCCUCAGGAUAAAAUUACAUAUAAAAUUGGAAACAAGGUAAUUUGCUGUUUGGAAGGGGCAAGAAUUGGUGUACAAUAUGAGACAUCUUUUGCUGGUGAACCUUGUGAGUUUUACCAUUGUGUGCUGGAGAGUAAGUCAUUUCUUGAAAAGAUGACUGUCCUUGAACAUACAGUUCCAUUUUUCCUGCCAAUACGAGAAAUAGAAAAUGAUCUCCUUUCAUCCAAUGCAAUGAAAUUCAUAGAUCAUGUUGGAGAUCUAUUGCAGGCUUUUGUGGAUAGACGGGAACAGGUCAGACUUAUAAAGGAGCUGUAUGGAAAUCAAAUUAGAGAGCUGUAUCAUAGCCUUCCCUACCAUAUGAUCGAAUUUGUAUUGGAUGAUUCUGAUUGCAAGGUGACAGUCAGCCUUAGAUAUGCAGAUCUCAUUUCGGUGCUUCCAACUCGAAUUUCAGUGCUAGCCUGGCCUAUGUUCAAUAAAAAUACUAUGGCUACUUUGAGCAGGAAGGAAGAUGGACUCUCAGGAAGUCAUUCUUCUCCAAUUCGCUUAACCUAUGCAGAAGAUGCCUUACGAACCAUGAGUUUACCUGAAGCAUAUGCAGAGAUUGUAUUAAACUUACCACAGGCGCUUCAGCAGACGUAUCAUCAAAAAGCCCCUGCUUAGAGCUUCGCCCUUUGAGUAGCCUAGAUGCAUCAGUAAAAAUUCUUGGUAGAGAUGUUAAAUAUUAGAUAAACAACUUCAGAAUUAUUACCUAUUCACCUAGCCAAAUUGCUCAUAGGUUGAGUUCAUUUUGCUGUAAUAUUGUCAUAUAGCAUUUAGCAUUUGUAUUUCGGCCUCUCUGGCCUCGUUAUUCCUUCAAUACCUGCUACGGUGUCUUGUAUCAUUAAUACAACAGGGCUAGGUUUACAUCUAUUCAAACUGUUGUCAUUCAUCUUUUCUCCAUAAUUCAACAUGUAUGUAAUUUGAUUUCAUAUAAGUUCCAUCUUUUUUACA